AUUUUCCUUCUUACCAAUUCCCCUCACUAAAAUCAAAUUCAAAAAGCAAAAAUGUCUUCGUCAAAUUCGGAGUCGUCGUCGGCGCCGCCGUCGCUGGAGGAGCUGAGCACCAGAGGCGCCACCGCGCUCCUCCUCCCCUGGAUCCUCCGCAUGGCCGCCGCCGCCGAUUCCCCUCCCGGCGAGGUCGCCGUGUUCGUCCACCAGCCGACCCGAUCGAUAACCCUGGUGGAAGGCUCCCUCGACAUGGAGUCCCUCCUCCGCGAGGUCCCCGGGAAGGAGGGGCCUCUGCCGGCGACGAAGGCCUCGAUCGAGUCGCUGCCGGUGGUGCAGGUGUCGGAGGCCGGGGAGGAGUGCGCGAUCUGCCUGGCGGAGUACGAGGAGGAGGAGGCGGAGGCGAAGGAGAUGCCGUGCCGGCACCGGUUCCACGCGGAUUGCAUCGAUCGGUGGCUGGGGAUGCACGGAUCGUGCCCGAUUUGCAGAUACGGGAUGCCGGUGGAGGAGGGGAAGGAGGAGAUGGGCGGGUGGAGGAUCCAUUUGUUUGUGGCGCGGGGCGGGAGGGGAGACGGGUCGGAUUCGGAUAUGGAUGUGGAUAUGGAUAUGGAUAUGGAUAUGGAAAGUGAGGAGGCGGGUCAGGGUCAUGAUGAGUCGCCAGCUCAGGAUAUGGAGAUUUAUGAAAGUGAAUGAUUUUUUUAUUCUUUUUUUUUCAUACAUUUUUAAUUUAGUGUAUUAAGUUGGAGAGGUACUUGUACAAUAUACAAAGAAAAAAAUUAUUAUUAUUAUUAUUAUAAAAUUCACAUUACGAUUUGCCGAUUGCAA